AUGAAUGUUGUGGAAACAGCUCGUCAUAGAGCUGAAGGUAAAAUAGAAGAAGCUCUACAGGAAGAAAAUGAGAAACAGAGAAGAAGAAAAUGGAGGAAAGAGGAACAGAAGUUUUUUUUAGGAAGAAGAGGAAAAAGUGAAGUUGUAAGGAUUAUAUAG